UUUUAUAUGAUAUUUUUUUUAUUUUUCGUUUUUACCCACCCAAUAAUACCCCAAUUCCCAGAGAAACCCUCAAUGACAGUCGACAUUCAUUCCAAUCCCGAAACCCUACUGCUGCUGUAUCCUUUCGGCACCACGCCACCACCAUUGUCUAUUGCUGCACUGCCGACUGCCGUCUGCCGCACCAGCCACCACCAUUCUCUUCUUCUUUAAGAGUUGCAAAUGGAUGGGUAUUUCAAAAGACUUGCUUCCGAAUGACAUUUUCCAUCUAGUUCAAGGAUUCGGGCUUUGCCAUUGUUGUGGUUGAUUAUUCAUUUGCUUUGUAAGGCUUUGUUUAGGUAUUCACCUGCCUUUUGGUUUUCUUGUCACUUCACUAGGGAACCAUUGUUUUUUCUGGUCCUGAGCUCUUGGUAUAGAAAUGGCAUUUUAUUCAGAGGAUGAACAAAUUUCUGAGGAUUAUCUCUUUAAGAUAGUAUUAGUUGGCGAUUCUGCUGUUGGAAAGUCUAAUUUACUUGCAAGAUUUGCUAGAGAUGAAUUCUACCCAAAUUCCAAGUCAACUAUAGGUGUAGAGUUUCAAACUCAGAAGAUGGAGAUAAAUGGAAAAGAAAUCAAAGCUCAGAUUUGGGACACUGCUGGUCAGGAACGGUUCAGAGCUGUUACAUCAGCAUACUACAGAGGUGCAGUUGGGGCUCUUUUGGUUUAUGAUAUCAGUAGACGUCAGACAUUUGAUAGCAUCAGCAGAUGGCUCAAUGAACUCCACACGCAUUCCGAUAUGAAUGUGGUUACCAUACUUGUAGGCAACAAAUCUGAUCUCAAGGAUGCAAGGGAGGUGUCAACUUCUGAAGGAAAGGAUUUAGCAGAGGCUCAAGGUUUGUUCUUUAUUGAAACUUCGGCUUUGGACUCGUCCAAUGUUGCUGCAGCUUUUCAGACUGUUGUUAGAGAGAUAUACAAUAUUUUGAGCCGUAAAGUUAUGCAAUCUCACGAGUUGAAGAAGAGCGAUUCUUCUUCCUUGAGUAAUGGGCGGACAGUAGUUCUACAGGGAGAUGAAAAUGUCCCUGUGGAACAGCCUAAAAAGACGGGUUGUUGUGGUUCUUAACCCUGAAAAAAUGUGAGGCCUUUGCUGUUCUCCUAUUGCUUCUGGAAUCCAUAGUCGUUCGUCAUUAUUUCAUUUAUGUCACUAGAUGCUAUCAUAAAAGACUAAAAGAUGAAAGGAUUACAAAUUGUAAAGUGUAUUGAAGAAUGGUAUAAUAUCUUAUUCUUUGGUGGUGAAUUGGUGAUGCAAGGAGCAAGUCUUUUGUGUAUCCAUCUGUAUUUAGUAAUUUCUUUCUUUUGGAA